AUGUCGGCUUCGAGAGAAAAAUCGCCUCCAGUGGAGUCGAAAUCAGAGGAGUUUAGAAGCUUUAAUGAAUCAGAGUCUCCAUACGUUUCCUCAACGGAAACCCUUCCCGAAAAUAGAUCUAGAGCCACCAGAUUUGUCGAUUCGUUUAGGCGAAAACAAGUUGAUGAAUCUGAAAAGGGUAUGGUUGGUAAACAAUUGGCCAAAGAUAUCAGUUUGCGUCAUUUGAUUUUGAUGGCACUUGUUACUGGUAUUGGUACUGGUCUUUUAGUCGGAAGUGGUCAAGUGUUGCACAACUCUGGUCCUUUGUUUUUGAUUAUUGGUUUUGCAAUUGUGGGAUCAUUUUUGUACCCAACUUUACAAGCUGCUGGUGAGAUGGCUGUUAACUAUUCAGACUUGUCUGGAGGUUAUAACAAUUACCCAAGAAGAUUUGUUGACGAGUCUUUGGCUUUUGCAAUUACCUGGAAUUACUGUAUACAAUGGCUUUCUGUCAUUUCUAUUGAAUUGGUUACUGCGGCAAUGACCAUUUCAUACUGGAACACUACAGUCAAUGCCGACGUUUGGGUUACAAUCUUUUAUGUCGUUAUUGUUGUCAUCAACUUUAUCGGUUCUUCGGGGUACGGUGAAGCCGAGUUCUUUAUUGGAAGUUGCAAAGUCCUUAUGAUUGUUGGAUUCAUUAUUAUGGGUAUUGUUGUCAAUGUUGGCGGUGGACCAGAAGGUGUUUACAUUGGUGGAAGGUAUUGGCACGACCCUGGCUACUACACCAACUUUAAAGGUUUGUGUUCGGUUUUCGUUACCGGUUCUUUCGCUUUGGGUCAAACUGAGUUUGUUGCAUUGAGUGCAAGUGAACAAUCCAACCCCGGUAAAGCCAUUCCUAUUGCAACAAAAUUGGUUGCAUACAGAAUUGUGGUUAUCAUGCUUGGAAGUUUAACAAUUGUUGGUUUGCUUGUUCCAUACACUUCUGACAGAUUGAUGGGUUCUGGUGGUGGUGGCUCACAUGCAAGUCCUUUUGUUCUUGCUGCUGCCUUGCAUGGUGUUCGCGCUGUUCCUUCAAUCAUCAACGCUGUGAUUUUGAUGUCUGUUACCUCAGUGGCAUCUUCUGCAUUAUAUUCAUCUUCAAGAACUUUGCAAUCAUUAGCUGAACAGGGAUUUGCACCAAAAUGGUUCAACUAUAUCGACAGAAGGGGUAGACCUUUCCGUGCAUUGGCUGUGUGUGCCUUCUUUGGUCUUUUCUCAUUUAUUGCUGCUUACAGCAAACAAGAAACCGUCUUUGAUUGGCUUUUGGCUAUUUCUGGAUUGUCUCAAAUCUUUACUUGGAGUGGUAUCUGUAUUUCACAUGUUAGAUUCCGUGCUGCUUUGAAAUACCAUAAUGUUUCAACUGACACUUUGGGAUACAAGGCAUCUACCGGAGUCAUUGGAUCAUACUACGCAAUCGUUUGGUAUGUUCUCGUUUUAAUUGCUCAAUUCUGGAUUGCAUUGUACCCUAAGGGGGAAGGUAAGCCUGAUGUCGAGGCAUUCUUCCAAAACUAUCUUGGUGCAAUUGUAUUGAUCUUGUUCUAUGUUUGCCACAAGUUGUGGAGCCGAAAUUGGUCAUUGUACAUUCCAUUGAAGGAUAUCGAUGUCAAUUUGGACAGAACAUACUUUGAUCCUGAAGUGUUGGCACUUGAGAAGGAGGAAGAAAAGGAAAAGUUUAAGAAUUCUCCUUGGUAUAAAAAGAUUAUCAAGGUCUUGUUUAUGUAA